AUGUCGUCUCUGCAUCUGAAUGACAAACAAAAACACAAGGAUAGCGCCAAUAAAGUAUUGGUUGAGUUUAUACAUCGUGAUUCUCUUGAUUUGUCCAGUUUUAGAGACAUCACACCGAGAAGCUCCUUGCUUGGAUUCCUUGGAUUAAUUAACGUCAAGGGGAAUAUCUAUCUUGGGUUUGUCACCAAUGAUGAGUUUAUAGCAAGUCCAACGAUUGCCGAACGAAUCUAUCGCAUUACCGGGGUUGAGUUUUAUUGCUUGGAUAACGAUGAAUACGAUGAUUUAAUAUAUCAGGAAGAACAGUUGGAACGAGAAAAGCUAGUUAUGGAAUACCCUGCUGAGUCAGUUAACAAGUUGUUGUCCAGUGGGGCGUUUUUCUAUUCGAGACAAUUUGACGUUACUUCAAACAUUCAAGAGCGAGGGGUGUCUACAGACAGUGAUUCGUUCAAGCUAAUUGCUGAUACCGACUAUUUCUGCCGGUUUCAAUGGAAUAGAUUUAUGAUGAAUGAAUUUAUGGAGUUUAGAAAUAGAUUGUCUAUUUAUGAACAACAUAAAUUUGAUGCCACGGGAUUCUGCAUAAUUAUAGCCAGAGGAUACGCCAAGACUGUAAACACGGAAAUCAAUGGAGAAGAAGCAUUAUUGACAUUGAUCUCUAAACAGGCAUGCCUUAAAGAAGGUCCAUUAUUUGGUGAUUGGGGUGCUGACGGGAAUGGAUACACUUCAAACUUUGUUGAAUCAGAAAUCGUAGUGUAUUGUCGAAAAUUCGUCUUGUCUUAUGUUAUAGUACGGGGGAAUGUACCGAUAUAUUGGGAAAUGGAAAACAGCAAGAACAUUCUAUCCACCAACACCAAAAGAAUUGUAUUUCCACGUUCAUUCGAAGCCAGUCAACACGCCUUCAGUCGACAUUUUGAAAUCUUGGCCAACCAAUUCGGUGAUGUUCAUAUAAUAAACACAUUAAGCCAAGACACAAGGACGUAUAAAGGGAUGUUGUGUCAUGCAUACCAACAACAUAUUGAAUAUCUCAACAAGACCCUCGUGGAAACUGGGUUUCAGUUAUUGUACUCAAAUAUACCCAUUCCAACUGCCCGCAUGAAGAAACUCGGGUAUACUGGGUCUAAUCCUUAUGAUAUAGUAUCGCUUAUUUCCACAUCACUUAUUGAUUUUGGGGCGUUGUUGUAUGAUAAUUUGGAUCAGAACUUUAUUGGGAAGCAAUUAGGUAUAUUCAGAAUAAAUUCAUUUGAUUGUUUGAAGAAAGUGGACUUUUUAGGAAAGAUUAUAAGUCAAGAGGUGUUAGAGUUGGCAUUUCGGGAUGUGGGGAUCAGCCUUGAUCGAGAUGUGUACACCAAACACGGUCAGUUAUGGCAUGAAAAUGAGCAGUACUUGUCUAAGCUUACAUCCAAGUUUGCCAGUACUAGUGACAAAUUACAAUCUUCCAGUGCAACUUCGCGUCCAUCCACCAUGAAAUCCCAUAUCAAGAAGAAAUACCUCAGUGGGGUGGUUGUUGAAUCGAAACCUAAUGAAAUUGCCAUUUUGAAAUUGUUAGGAAGAUUACAAGAUCAAACUAGUUUAAGUUUACACAAUCCCAUUCAUGACUAUGUUUCACGUGAAUUGAAACGACAAGCGCAAUUGUACACUUCCCCUUUAGAUAUCAAUUUGUACACUUCUACAUUCAAUGUUAAUGGAAGCACGUAUGAUGGGGAUAUCACCAAAUGGAUAUUCCCUGAUAACACCUUGAAGGAUUAUGACUUGGUAUUUAUUGGCUUGCAAGAGAUUGUUGAAUUGAACCCGCAACAAAUGGUGAAUACCGAUGUUAAGAACAAGUAUCAUUGGGAACAGAAAAUAUUAGAAUGUUUGAACAAGAACGAGAAUAAGUAUAUGGUUAUGUGGAGUGGACAAUUAGGGGGAUUGGCUUUACUCUUAUAUGUUAAACAAGAUCAAUUGAAGCAUAUUUCUAACAUUGAAUGUUCAUUUAAGAAAACCGGUCUAGGAGGAGUAAGUUCAAAUAAAGGUGGGGUUGCUGUAAGUUUCAAAUACUGUGAUACCAGUUUCUGCUUUGUGUCUAGCCAUUUAGCUGCCGGGUUGACCAAUGUUGAAGAAAGACACAAUAACUACAAGACAUUAUCCAAGGGGAUCCAAUUCAGCAAGAAUAAACGUAUCAAGAACCAUGAUAUUAUUAUCUGGCUUGGGGAUUUCAAUUAUAGAAUUGGAUUACCCAACACCCAUGUCAAGCAAUUGAUCGAAGCCAAGAAGUUUGGGAAAUUAUUUGAGUUUGAUCAGUUGAAUCAACAAAUGGCGAAUGGGGAGAGUUUCCCGUUUUAUAACGAGUUAGAAAUCAAGUUUCCACCAACAUAUAAAUUCGAUAAUGGAACCAAGACAUAUGAUACUAGUGAGAAACAAAGAAUUCCCGCUUGGACCGAUAGAAUUCUUUACCAGUCACCGACAAAUAUCGUGAAACCGUUAGUUUACAAUUGUGACCAGGAUUUAAUAUUUUCCGACCAUCGGCCGGUUUAUGCCAUGUUUAAAAUCACUGUGAAUGUUAUUAACAAUUCUAUAAAGAAAAACUUGUCUAAUCAAUUAUACGAAACUUACAAAAAGACCCAUGGUGGAAUUAAUGAUAUCUUAACAUCCAGUUUUGAUUACCUUGAUCUUGAUGAUACCAAGACAUUACCGCCUCCAAGUUCAGACAAACAAAAGUGGUGGUUGGAAAGAGGAAUGUCAGCAAAAGUUGUCAUUAAUCAACUUGAUGAAAUACCUGUCGAUGGCAAUUCCAUGGUUAUAAACCCUCGUCGACCGAUCAAUCCGUUUGUGAAAACCGAGCAGCCAGAGUUCAUAACCAAGAGUGACUUAUUGAAUAUGUUAAGUAAAUAG